AUGACCAAAGUGCACGGGAAGAGAUACGCUUAUAAAUUCAAUUUUUACGGGUUAGCCCAAGCAAUAAAUAGCACAUCAGGACAAGGUCGUUAUGAAUAUGAAUACUCGCAGGUUCCAGGUCUCUCAUCUCUCCCAAGCAAUCACUACCAAUUUAGGACCGAUUCAGAGAUUAAACCAAUUCAUGACCAAUUUUCACUUAAAGGAAAUCGUCCAUUUGACGCAACAGCGAACAUUCCAUGGUUAAUAGUGUUCAUCCCAUUCUGGAGCAUCAGUUUACUCUUUCUGUUUAUGGAUAUCACUGGAAGACCAAAUUUUCUUUCCAAGUACAAAAUGCAGUAUAAAAAUGGUAGAAAGUUAUCGUGGACACGAGCAAAGAAGGCUAUAGGUGUGGUAUUCAGUAACUCAUUAAUAAACAUUCCGGCCUCUUACAUUGGUUUGCUACUAUUCAAAUUGAGAGGAAUGAACUUUGAUGAGAAUAUUCCGUCAUCUAGCCGUGUGAUUACUGAUUUUGCGGUAUUCCUUGUGUUUGAAGAAAUCCUUUUCUACUAUUUUCACAGGUUGCUCCAUCGACCAUAUUUCUUCAAGCAUUUCCACAAAGUUCAUCACGAAUGGACAUCGCCAAUUUGUUUAUCUACUCUCUACUGCCAUCCACUGGAACAUUUCAUGUCAAAUUUGCUUCCAGUAUUUACUGGCCCAUUAGUUUGCGGCAGCCAUUUACUUUUAGUGUACAUCUGGAUUUUGAUAGCAACACUUAAUGGAAUGAACGCACACAGUGGAUAUCAUUUCCCAGGAAUUCGUCCUAACGAAGCUCAUGACUAUCACCAUUCAAAGAAAACUGAAAAUCAUGGAAUACUUGGAGUGUUAGAUUGGCUUCACGGAACAGAUAAAAAUUUCAAGCGCUCAACAGAAAAAAAACGUGAUCGCAUAUUUUUCGGUUGCACACCAAUUCGAAAGAUUAUACCAGAUCCAUCAACGCUGUCAUCGUGAAAAUCAAUGGGAAAUACUUGUGUUUCGCUGUUAUCAUUUCAAGACAGCAUUGCGUCAUUAUUCCGUACAUAAUAUUGAUAUUUUUUCGCAUAAAAAUAAUAAUACAGAUAUAUUUUUUUGUUCACUUCCUACGUCGAUGGAAUCAGUCGGCAGGAAAGCGCAUAUAAUAAAGCAUUUUGGUAUUUUAUAAAAAAAAAUGAUACUCCUAAAUUAUGCGCACCAAGAUGUCGCAUAACCUGAACCCUAACCUUGUACACAA